AAAACCUGAAUGAUGAUAGUAAGCCGGAUCCAGUGAUAACACUCCAGACAUCCGACAUGGCUAACGUUACUCCAGAUCAAACUGUCACACUUUCCAGUGGGACAUCGUCUAUCACCGUUCGAUUCGGAAGUAGUGAUGCUGGAUACAAGGUCCUGACCAGAGUGACAGCCGUCAUCCUGAGUGUUGACGAUGCAACAACAGGAAGUCCGCCCAUGAUGAUUCGUCUCGACAGCGUCACUUUUUCAAACGGAACGACAGCUCAAGACAUUGGUGAAAUUAAUUCAAGUGGGCCAACCACCGGAAUGUUUAGACUUGGGGCACUCGGAGAAGAACCCGUGGAUGCUUUGGUCUUUUCCGUGCCCGACGUUGUCCCUCAAGACGCUUCUUCAGUAGACGUUGUCGUCCGAUUUGAUGGAUGCAUCGAGACAGAGACCAUAACUACAGUGGUGACCACGAGUGUUGCUACCACCACCACACCAGCAACCACUACAACGCCGGCUACCACUACCACGACAGAAAUGACGACUGCAGUCAUGACAACAGGAAGUACCACAGCUGUCGAAGAGACAACCACCGUAACGACAACGACACCUGAAGUCACCACCACUGAAUCAACUACCACAAUGACAACAACAACUCCAGAACCAACCGAUAGGGGCGACACGGAUACUACCACACAGAGGACCCGAACAUCAGCUGUGACUACGCCCACCACAUCAAGCAGUGAGACUACCACCCUGUCUACAACUACUUCUGGCCAAACAACGCCUGGUGAUUGCGCGGAAAACCUGAAUGAUGAUAGUGUGCCAGAUCCAGUGAUAACACUCCAGACAUCCGACAUGGCUAACGUUACUCCAGAUCAAACUGUCACACUUUCCAGUGGGACAUCGUCAAUCACCGUUCGAUUCGGAAGUAGUGAUGCUGGAUACAAGGUCCUGACCAGAGUGACAGCCGUCAUCCUCAGUGUUGACGAUGCAACAACAGGAAGUCCGCCCAUGAUGAUUCGUCUCGACAGCGUCACCUUUUCAAACGGAACGACAGCUCAAGACAUUGGUGAAGUUAAUUCAAGUGGGCCAACCACCGGAAUGUUUAGACUUGGGGCACUCGGAGAAGAACCCGUGGAUACUUUGGUCUUUUCCGUGCCCGACAUUGUCCCUCAAAACGCUGCUUCAGUAGACGUUGUCGUCCGAUUUGAUGGAUGCAUCGAGACAGAGACCAUAACUACAGUGGUGACCACGAGUGUUGCUACCACCACCACACCAGCAACAACUACAACGCCGGCUACCACUACCACGACAGAAAUGACGACUGCAGUCAUGACAACAGGAAGUACCACAGCUGUCGAAGAGACAACCACCGUCACGACAACGACACCUGAAGUCACCACCACUGAAACAACUACUAGAGUGGCAACAACAACUCCAGGUGAUUGCGCGGAAAACCUGAAUGAUGAUAGUAAGCCGGAUCCAGUGAUAACACUCCAAACAUCCGACAUGGCUAACGUUACUCCAGAUCAAACUGUCACACUUUCCAGUGGGACAUCGUCAAUCACCGUUCGAUUCGGAAGUAGUGAUGCUGGAUACAAGGUCCUGACCAGAGUGACAGCCGUCAUCCUGAGUGUUGACGAUGCAACAACAGGAAGUCCGCCCAUGAUGAUUCGCCUCGACAGCGUCACUUUUUCAAACGGAACGACAGCUCAAGACAUUGGUGAAGUUAAUUCAAGUGGGCCAACCACCGGAAUGUUUAGACUUGGGGCACUCGGAGAGGAACCCGUGGAUGCUUUGGUCUUUUCCGUGCCCGACAUUGUCCCUCAAAACGCUUCUUCAGUAGACGUUGUCGUCCGAUUUGAUGGAUGCAUCGAGACAGAGACCAUAACUACAGUGGCGACCACGAGUGUUGCUACCACCACCACACCAGCAACAACUACAACACCGGCUACCACUACCACGACAGAAAUGACGACUGCAGUCAUGACAACAGGAAGUACCACAGCUGUCGAAGAGACAACCACCGUCACGACAACGACACCUGAAGUCACCACCACUGAAACAACUACUAGAGUGGCAACAACAACUCCAGGUGAUUGCGCGGAAAACCUGAAUGAUGAUAGUAAGCCGGAUCCAGUGAUAACACUCCAGACAUCCGACAUGGCUAACGUUACUCCAGAUCAAACUGUCACACUUUCCAGUGGGACAUCGUCAAUCACCGUUCGAUUCGGAAGUAGUGAUGCUGGAUACAAGGUCCUGACCAGAGUGACAGCCGUCAUCCUGAGUGUUGAUGAUGCAACAACAGGAAGUCCGCCCAUGAUGAUUCGUCUCGACAGCGUCACUUUUUCAAACGGAACGACAGCUCAAGACAUUGGUGAAGUUAAUUCAAGUGGGCCAACCACCGGAAUGUUUAGACUUGGGGCACUCGGAGAAGAACCCGUGGAUGCUUUGGUCUUUUCCGUGCCCGACAUUGUCCCUCAAAACGCUGCUUCAGUAGACGUUGUCGUCCGAUUUGAUGGAUGCAUCGAGACAGGUGAAUGUAACUUAUUUUCUAUAAAAAAAAAUGUUUUCCAGACCGUAACUACAGUGGCGACCACGAGUGUUGCUACCACCACCACACCAGCAACAACUACAACACCGGCUACCACUACCACGACAGAAAUGACGACUGCAGUCAUGACAACAGGAAGUACCACAGCUGUCGAAGAGACAACCACCGUCACGACAACGACACCUGAAGUCACCACCACUGAAACAACUACUAGAGUGGCAACAACAACUCCAGGUGAUUGCGCGGAAAACCUGAAUGAUGAUAGUAAGCCGGAUCCAGUGAUAACACUCCAGACAUCCGACAUGGCUAACGUUACUCCAGAUCAAACUGUCACACUUUCCAGUGGGACAUCGUCAAUCACCGUUCGAUUCGGAAGUAGUGAUGCUGGAUACAAGGUCCUGACCAGAGUGACAGCCGUCAUCCUGAGUGUUGACGAUGCAACAACAGGAAGUCCGCCCAUGAUGAUUCGUCUCGACAGCGUCACUUUUUCAAACGGAACGACAGCUCAAGACAUUGGUGAAGUUCAUUCAAGUGGGCCAACCACCGGAAUGUUUAGACUUGGGGCACUCGGAGAAGAACCCGUGGAUGCUUUGGUCUUUUCCGUGCCCGACAUUGUCCCUCAAAACGCUUCUUCAGUAGACGUUGUCGUCCGAUUUGAUGGAUGCAUCGAGACAGAGACCAUAACUACAGUGGUGACCACGAGUGUUGCUACCACCACCACACCAGCAACAACUACAACACCGGCUACCACUACCACGACAGAAAUGACGACUGCAGUCAUGACAACAGGAAGUACCACAGCUGUCGAAGAGACAACCACCGUCACGACAACGACACCUGAAGUCACCACCACUGAAACAACUACUAGAGUGGCAACAACAACUCCAGGUGAUUGCGCGGAAAACCUGAAUGAUGAUAGUAAGCCGGAUCCAGUGAUAACACUCCAGACAUCCGACAUGGCUAACGUUACUCCAGAUCAAACUGUCACACUUUCCAGUGGGACAUCGUCAAUCACCGUUCGAUUCGGAAGUAGUGAUGCUGGAUACAAGGUCCUGACCAGAGUGACAGCCGUCAUCUUGAGUGUUGACGAUGCAACAACAGGAAGUCCGCCCAUGAUGAUUCGUCUCGACAGCGUCACUUUUUCAAACGGAACGACAGCUCAAGCCAUUGGUGAAGUUAAUUCAAGUGGGCCAACCACCGGAAUGUUUAGACUUGGGGCACUCGGAGAAGAACCCGUGGAUGCUUUGGUCUUUUCCGUGCCCGACGUUGUCCCUCAAAACGCUUCUUCAGUAGACGUUGUCGUCCGAUUUGAUGGAUGCAUCGAGACAGAGACCAUAACUACAGUGGUGACCACGAGUGUUGCUACCACCACCACACCAGCAACCACUACAACACCGGCUACCACUACCACGACAGAAAUGACGACUGCAGUCAUGACAACAGGAAGUACCACAGCUGUCGAAGAGACAACCACCGUAACGACAACGACACCUGAAGUCACCACCACUGAAUCAACUACCACGAUGACAUCAACAACUCCAGAACCAACCGAUAGGGGCGACACGGAUACUACCACACAGAGGACCCGAACAUCAGCUGUGACUACGCCCACCACAUCAAGCAGUGAGACUACCACCCUGUCUACAACUACUUCUGGCCAAACAACGCCUGGUGAUUGCGCGGAAAACCUGAAUGAUGAUAGUAAACCGGAUCCAGUGAUAACACUCCAGACAUCCGAUAUGGCUAACGUUACUCCAGAUCAAACUGUCACACUUUCCAGUGGGACAUCGUCAAUCACCGUUCGAUUCGGAAGUAGUGAUGCUGGAUACAAGGUCCUGACCAGAGUGACAGCCGUCAUCCUGAGUGUUGACGAUACAACAACAGGUAGUCCGCCCAUGAUGAUUCGUCUCGACAGCGUCACCUUUUCAAACGGAACGACAGCUCAAGACAUUGGUGAAAUUAAUUCAAGUGGGCCAACCACCGGAAUGUUUAGACUUGGGGCACUCGGAGAAGAACCCGUGGAUGCUUUGGUCUUUUCCGUGCCCGAUAUUGUCCCUCAAAACGUUUCUUCAGUAGACGUUGUCGUCCGAUUUGAUGGAUGCAUCAAGACAGGCCACAUGGGCAGCAUCAUAUCCCGCAUAUUCCUUCGAGUCCUGUACCAGAGACCAUAA